CGCUGUAAACACGUGUCACUUCACGGUGUCCACACGGAGCGUGGAACAAUCUAAAACAUAAAGAAAACAACAACAUCCUCAAAAUGGCAAAAAGCCUGCGGAGCAAAUGGAAGCGGAAGAUGCGCGCCGAGAAGAGGAAGAAAAACGCUCCCAAGGAGCUGGCUCGUCUGAAACAAGCCCUGAGUCUGGAUAAGAAAGACGCCGUGAUGACAGACAUGCAGGAAAUUGCCACCGUGGUGACAGCUGACAAAAUCAAGAAGCAGACGGAUGCAGAAGUGUCAGCGAUGGACGGCGACAGUGGCAAGAUGGACACGGACAGCAAGCGCAACAAGAAAACACAGCUGGAUGAAAAUGGACAGUAUCCUGUGUGGAUGAACCAGCGACAGGCCAAGAAACUGAAAACCAAACGUGUGGCAAAUAAAAGCGGCAAAGGCAAGAAGAAGAAGGGUCUCGCCUGGUGAACCACAGGAAACCUUUGCUUUAAAGACUUCAUCGCUGUAUCUAUGUAUCCAUGUUAACUAACACUUCCUGUUACUGUGCUCUCACUUACGAGAUUCAUGGUUGUGCCACAGAGUCAAAGUCAUUCACGGCUCAUGUGGAACAGAUCCAACUGAGAAUCUGACUGCAAACACAACAUCAACUGUUCCUUUACAGAGCAACAACACAGAUUAUGAUCAGGAUUACAUACAGCUCCAAUGAAAGGUGGUGAGCGAUUGUUGCCGUGAUGUUUGUGAAAUCUGACACCGAUGACAGAAAGGAGCCCAUGUGUAAGAAAUCUGUUGAUUCCAGUUUAUUGCAAAUAAAAGAUCUGAUUAUAAA